CUUAUUUAUUUCCUAUCAACAAAUAUUAUAGAGUAGAUAUUUUAUUAUUCAUUCGGUAAAAUAUUGCUUGCUAUCAUAAAGAUAAUAUAUACAUAUCAACACACAUCUCGAUAACCCGAAGAAAAAAUACACCGUGAAGAUGAUCAUAACCAGCUGCGCACGCGUACUGAGCACGAAAUGAAAAAUUAACUUUAUUGAUUGAAAUCACGGUUAAGAUAGGAAAAUUCGAUAUCUAAAGGCAACAACUGCUUUGUCAUUGCAAUGAAUGAAGCUUACCUAAACACAUUUAACAAUACCACAAGCAUCGUUACAAACGCAGGGGAUGUUCGAGCACCAAACAUGACUCUUUCUUCUACAGCAAAGAUAUUAAUGUACAUAUGUUUUAUUGUUAUAUUUCUACUCGGUACAGUUGGAAAUGUAAUUGUCAUUUAUGCAAUUGGAGCUAAAUAUCGGGUAGUAAGAGGAUAUAAUCUGCAUAUAAUAUCAUUGUCGAUAGCUGAUUUGUACACUUCAAUAUUUUUACCCGUGGUCACUAUUCAUGACUUAUUAACAAACUUGGAAGCGUGGCAUCUUGGUGUUAUAGGAUGUAAGAUUUUACCUGCUAUGAACCAUGUCACCAUGCUCGUGUCAUCUUUCAUGCUUGUUAUCAUUUCUGUGUCAAGACUAAGGGUAAUCAGAAGCGCAAGAGCAAUACAUAUAUCAAGAAAACGAUGUUUGAUAGAGAUAUCCUGUGCUUGGAUCAUCGCUUUUUUUAUCGUAUCACCAUACAUGUUUGUUCAUAAAUACAAUCGCCAAAAGGAAACAUGCUACGAUGAUUGGGAUACAACUGACACACGUCAGGACAGCAUACGCAGGCUGAUCUAUUUCAGUGUAUACGAAUGUUUCGCUUGCUUUAUACCUGCCAUAAUAAUGGUAGUUGUCUACCUGCAAUCCAUUUCAAAGUUAAGAAGUCAUCACAUACCUGGAAAUCACGCAUGUCUAGAAAGAAAUCGCAAACACAAGAAUAUGCAGAUAAUAAAAAUGUUCGGUUUAAUUGUGUUCGUUUUCUUCACAUUGACAACACCAUAUAUGGUCAGUGUGUUCGUAGUCAUAUACUACAUGGCAUACGACAAAGACUUUUAUACACAACACAUUGAAUUAUUUUUCAAUCUUAGUUAUGCCCUAUUUAUACUAGCCGGGUUCAACUGUUGCGUGAAUCCAUUUAUUUAUGCAGGAAUGCAUCAAGAUGUGAGAAAGUUUUUUCAGGGUCUUGCAACUAGAAAAGAACGCCACGGCACAGAGCUUUUAAAGGACAGCGAAGUGAAUAGAAGAUCGUUUACGGAUUUCAGAACGCGAUGCGUUUCACUGCAGUCUUCACAGGAAGAAAAUUAAUGUGUUUUUUUAUACCGAGAUCACAAGUUUUGACAUGUUAGGCUGAUUUAAAUGAACGCAAGCUGCAAGAAAUAUUAGAAACAAGUCGAUAUGACCUUUUCACAUGUACAUAAUUUUAUAUAACAAAUACAAUCAUAUUUGUGAUAAUUUGUUUUUUCA